AUAAUAGAAAAUUUCCUCAAGUGACGUACCGACGCGACGUGUUGACGUUUUUUGUAAUUUUGCUUCGCUGGUCGUCUGGAUAUUUCACUUUUACAUACGUGUCAAGUGAGCUUGUGCGUGUUCGGCUUUAGAGCCUUUAAUUUUAAGACAAUUGACGAAUAUCACUGAUUUAUUUAGAACAAUGGCACCCAAACAGAGAAUGCGUAUCGCCAACGAAAUUGCCAGCAAAAACAUCACAAUGAGGGGCAAUGUUCCAAAGACCACAAAGGAAAAGGAAGAUCAAUAUCCAGUAGCACCAUGGCUUCUAGCUCUCUUCAUAUUCGUAGUCUGUGGUUCUGCUGUCUUCCAAAUCAUACAGUCCAUACGACUGGCUUAAACCCUCUGUGAUUUCCUUCCCGACUGAUAAUUUUAGUAACCUAAGAAAUUGUGGCAUACUAUAAACAGUUUUAAACAAUGAAGUUAGAAUGUAAAUAUGUUUUAAAUAUAAUGCUUUAACAUUUGUUUUACGACAUUACUGUUUCAUCGAUCGUGAGUCUACAAUUGUCAUCUAGAGCCACAAUUUCUACAAAACACCACAACUCCUUGUAAUAAUUAAAUAUUUUGUAUGACAAAGUGUUUAAGCUUACAAGGUGACUGCGCAUUUUCCCUAUGUAGCUUUCAUAGUUGCAUCUAAUUGUGUUUAGUCUAAGCGCAGAUUUAAAUAUAAUCUCAAAAACAUUUAAAUGUACUAUAUUCUUGUAUAGUGUAAAUUUAAUUAGGCUAGAUUCAUACGUGGCAAUUUUUUUUGAAUGAAGUUUUAGCCGUGCAAGAGAAAACCUUAAUCAAAUUUACCAUUGGCAAG